AUGGCGGGCGUGGCUACCGCGUUCUCGACAGAUGCGUUGACACCUGGAGCCCCGGAGAGUUCUUCGCAAUGGGAAUUCUCGGUCCCACUCGGUAGUGAUGGCACCCAGCAUUCCACACGACCACGCAACUCCCACGAUUCAAGCUCUGUCCGUGCGAGAUCCAGUAAAAACCGCAACUCGAACGGCUCCCGUAGCUCGUCUGUUUCCCGAACUGUUCACGCCCACGAUGCGCCCUUUAUGCCCGGCCGAGGUCGACGAGAACCAAGCCAGAAUCGAUUCGGAGGCGACGGGAAUAACCCGCGAGAUCCCCCAGGACAUGAAGCGCCCAUUCGAGCCCCGGUAGACGGUCAGGAGGGACCAGAUGCGUUCGAGUUUAACAGUGAGAGUUGGAUCCAUCGUGAUAAGCUGGCAAAAAUUGAGAGCGAGGAGCUGCACCAGGCGGCCAUAAUAUUUCAACGGCGGAUGAGGGCCGAGAGCAAGUCGAGUGCGGGGCGUGAAAGGAGCCAUGAUUCUCACCAGAGCGGUGCGGCUUCAGUGGCCUCACCGAAUGCAGAGCACGCUGAACCGUGGCCGCAAAUGCAGGAAUCAUCCCAAAAUGAGGAAGGCGAGGGCGAGACCGAGGAGCGGCAGCAUUGGGAUCUUCGCCGACCAGAGGAGAUUGCUGCCGAUGAAGCAGCUGCUGGUUUUUACAACCACCCGGGUCUCCGCAAGAGCUCCUCUCGGAUUCCCAUUGCGGCAUCGAGCCCUGUACCCAUCAUGCCAGGCCGUGAUUCUCGCGGGCCUCGCAGUCGUGCGGCGACUGACGAGGAUGACCAAAGCCGUGGACGCAGAGCCAGCGAACCAUUGCAAGCCACUGACAUGGAACCCUCUACUCCCUCCCCCGGAAGUCGACCGGGAAGUCGUGGCUUCAAUGGCUUCAAUACUACACAAAAUACCCCGGCUAAGAAGACUUCAACCAAGGUGACCGGAUCCACCAACCGAAAAACGAAGACUUCCACGGCAAGAUCGCGAGCAGUUUCGAGCAACACUACGCAGCGACCUACCACCCGAGGCGAGAUGCGGCCUACUACUGCUGCCAAUCGACCGGAGGGUGAUCCCCCAUGGCUGGCAACCAUGUACAAGCCGGAUCCCCGUCUCCCGCCUGACCAGCAGAUGCUCCCUACGCUUGCCAAGAAGAUGCAACAGGAACAGUGGGAGAAGGAAGGACGAACUCCAAAUACAUACGACCGCGACUUUGCGCCUCUGGCUGUUUACCCUACUGAUUUGCCUCCCGUGCCACCAAAGGCCGAGGAGCAGGAGCCUGUGGAGGAACCACCGCAGAUCGAAGAGCCGCCUAAGGCCAGGACUCCAGAGCCGCCCCGGCCCAACACAAGCACCGGCUACAGUACGAUGCCUAAGGUGCAGGAUACGCCCCCACUUGGCCUGACACCCAAUCCCAACUGGACCCCUCCGGUAGUCUCCGCUCAAGAGAAGCCGAAGAAAGAAAAGGGUUGUGGAUGCUGCGUUGUGAUGUGA